AUGGCUUGCAAAUUGCUGCUCAUCAAGAACUCUUCCUCUAUAACGAGAACAACAAAGACCAGUUUGUCAAGAUGUUACGUUCUUUCCUUGGAAGCAGACGGUCAUCGGGUGGUCCAAAGACAAGGAGACGCAGACACGGACAUUGUUUCUGAAACGCUCAAAUUAGCUAUUCUAUUUCAUCUGCUUUUCUUCCUCUCAAUUCCUUUUCUUCCAUCCGUUUGCUUUGUAAUUGUCUCUAAUUUUCUCCGACAUUUGUCUGAGUCGGCUCGCCUUCAUAUUUCCAUAUUUUAUUUCUUUCUUUGUAUCAACCUUAUCUACUUUUUCUUUCUUUCUUUUCUUUAUUUGAUAUUUCGUUCCCCUUUCUUUUCUUUCUUUUUAAUUGGCUAUCUUUCCUUUUAUAUCGUCACAUUUUCCAUUGUCCUAAUUUCUCUUUUUUUAUUUUUUCUUCCUAAUCAUUUUUCCUUCUCUUGUCCCAUUUCAUUCAAUAUUCUUUAUUUCUCCUUAUGUUCCUGCUUCUCUCUUUUUUUUUCACCCUAUUUUAUUUAUUCCCUUCUCUCCUCUUCCCCCGUUUUCUUUUAUAAACAUCUUUGGGGUUUUUUUUCCACUAGUUUCUCUUUUACUCCCACUACCGCUUUCCUUAUUUCUCCUCUCAUUUCUUCAUCUGAAUUUUCUUAA